UUAAAAGACAGUAAUUCAUAUCACAUAACAAAAAUUUGUAACAAGCUUAAUGUGAUAUUGGAGAACUGGGAUCGCAUAUUAAAAUCUUUCGAAUCAGUAAUUAAUAGGAACUACUGUGAAUAUUUAAACUAUUGGAUACAUGAUCAAAUAAAAGAUAAAAUAUAUCGAAAAAAAACUACUACUUUGAUUUAUAACGUGUGGGAUAUUUUAAAUAAUUAUAAAAUUACUUCUAAUAAUAAAUGCUGGCACAAGAAUUUCAAUGUACCUGAAAAAGACUUUAAAAAUAAGAAAAAAUUAUAUGAGUUUUUAGAACAUUAUAAUGCAAUAAAAAGUAAACUGGAAAAAAUAGACACUUCGAAAAAAGAAGAAUACUGUAAAUAUAUAAAAUCUAUCUUUUCAUUAUAUUACACUGUGAAGCAUGAAGAUUUG